CGUCCCGCUCUCCUCACCCUCCCUCCCUGCUGAGUGUGGAACGGGGGGUUUCUCCUGCUGGACCAAUUGUCGGGCUUGUCUGAACACAGCUCUCCUUCAGGGACUGUUGUAGGGCGGCCUCUGCCUCCUGUGCUCCUCCACAGCUGCACUGAUCCAGGAGCAGCAGCAGGAGCAGGACACGUACUUCAGUCUCCUCAGGACGAACGACAACAAGUCAGCCGGCCAUGACCUCCUCGUGGCUCCUGUUCUCCUCCACCCUGGUGGUUCUGGUUCUACUGGGUUCGGCGUCCACUCCUGAUGAAGAAGAUGAUUCACUGAUGAUGCAGAGAGAAGUGGAUUUGUCAGAUCUCAUCGGUUCUAUGGUUGAACAGCAGCCAGUGAUGCUGCAGAGAGAGCUGGAUGAGCCAGAUCUCCCUAAUCCGUUUGAACAAACUCCUUCUAUCCUAGGUUUCAGGCCCCGAUCUUUUGGUUUACCCCCGAGUAUGCAAUACCCCGUUGAGUUCCCUCUAGCCCGCCCCACACCCAGAAAUCUAGAUGACAUCUGUCUGUAUGGUGACCGCCGUCCUCACUAUCCAGACUCCUACUUUCCGAGCUCAGGCUACGGUCAGCUGAAGCGACAGGCCAAAGCCGUCAACAGGGUGGAGUCCUGGUACAGAUCGUGCUGUGAGCGGAACCAGACGUGGGCCAGCGGGGUGACGCUGUGUUGUGCCCAACGGGCUUGGACACGGUCCCUCAAGGUCUUCUGCAAGGAGUCCUCAUCUGUGAAAGACCGUCUUCACCACUGCUGCAAACGCAGCGGCAACAACGUGUUCAGCUGUUUCAACAGCGAAGCUGUCAACCCACAUUACCAGCCAACAGAGGAGAUCCCUGCACCGCCGCUGACCUCUACUCCCAACUUCAACUUUGACCCCAGCACCUGCCAGGGGUAUUUUUAAUACAGAGCAACCUCAUGGAGGGC